AUGAUGAGCCGGUUCGCCUGGGCAUUGUUGCUCCUCCUUUGCUGCUCCACUGCCGCCUCAUGCGUCGACGUCAACCGAAGCAACAAGAAGAAGGCACUCGCACGGGUAACAACAACAGACGAACAAAAGGCAGAGACACAAACACGAGAUGGAUGGAUCACGCGCUGCUUCGGUUGUUUGUGUGCAGGCUGGCCUCGUCUUUCGCUCCGUGCGCCUGAAGCAGCCGGCAGAGGAUCAGCCGAGCCUCGCCGAGAUCUAUCAAGACGAGCUGCAGAGCGAGGCCGACGACCUCGCUAUGCCACAGGAGACACGGCCUCGCCGCAUCAGCAAUGGCCCGAUUCCGUCCCACUCGAUUCAGAGAGACAAGGAGGACCCGGCAAUUGCUGAGCUGCGAGAGAUGCAGCAGGCAGCCCAGGACAAGCAACAGCAGAUGGACGAGCUGGAGGAGCAACAGGAGCAAGACACCAAGCAAAAGGAACAAGGUGCCUCAACACGCACACACAGACAGACAGACAGACAGACACACAGAUGUGAUUGUGUCUCUGUGGAUCAGUCAAUUCUGCGCGGGUCGACAGUCAGCAGAGGGCCGAGGAAGAGGAGGAGCAGAAGGAGUUCGAGCAAGCACACAAAGACGCACCGCUGCUCUCAUCGUUCAGGCAGCGAAACGGUCCUCGCAAAGCAGCAAAGGGUCAGUCACCAAAGGACACAGAGAUACAGAACAAUCGUCAUGUGUGUGGAUCUGAUGAUCCAGUCGACGUGACGAAUGGCGCCAUUAGCAACGAGCAUACCCCGCCUUCGCUCAAGUCGCAGAUGGAACAAGAGGAACGGAAAGAGCAGGUCAAAGCUGUGCUCCAAGAGGUAAGACAGACAACUGGAUGGACCAAUGGCAUGUCCUUGCUGAAAAUGUCUGUGUGUGUUGUGUUGGUGCCAGGUUGAGGAGACGGCUGCACAGGCAGAGCGAGAAGCGGUCAAGAACGAGGAAGAUGAGGUGGAGAGUAUCUUUGAGGACGCUGCUGUGAGGGACAGACAGACAGCAGCAGCGGACGGACAGCAGGACGAGUACACGGAGGAAGACUGA